AUGAGCCUGUCCGUGAGUACCUGUGUGAACCUGACGAAUGUUCAUGUUGACAUGCCGGACCUGAGGCUGAACACCACAAUCGGUGUUGCAGCUUUCAACGUCUCCGCAAACGCUAGAAAGGUUGAUAAGGAUACAAUUGCAGCCAAUGUAACUGUGGUACUUUUGGAAUGGAAUGUCACCAGUAUUGGCGGACCGGACCUGUACGUCAACAUUUCGUCGAAGAAAUUGAAGGACAAACGCGCCAUGCAAGAUGUUCUGCAAAAUGAGGCCAAUUUGCUACUGAAGAAGCCGCCAAAUGCAGGCUGGCUUUACGGGAAAUUGUCCGAACUGUGGCCCAAACCAACUGAACCAUCUACGACUUCUGACUUUAUGUCAACUGACAUUGAUUUGUUUUAA